AUGAGCGGCGGAAUCGAUAAGUACCAUCCGAGUCCCUUCAAGAUGUUUGGUCGAGCCGUCGAUGGCAAACACUUUCUGUUCACAACGACCACCAAUAUAACGAAUGGAUCGCUGGAAUUCAUAGAUGUUAUGAAGCACGUCCAACCGGAUUUUCGUGCCCCAGCUCCUCGAGAGACGGCAGAUCUACAUACAUCACCGACAUUACGUCCCCUAUUCGAUCUCUUGCAAACCGCAUUACAAAAAGCGGACCACGGGGACGCGAAGCUGGUCAUCCUGGACGAUAUCGCGACGUUGGAGUGGAUAGGUUUCUCGUUGCUUGAUGCGAAAGCGACUCUGAUCAUCCGCCAACACGUCGUUACGCCUGGGGAUCCUGACGACUUGUUUCGGCACCUGCUGCAAAUGUGCGCAUAUCAUAUGGACGUAAGGCCUCUUGCUAGUGGACGGAGUGGGGCUGUUAGUGGAGAGGUUGCGUUGCAUUUGGGACCUUCUACUCCAGUUGGUGGUGGUGUCAACUUGAUUCCUCGUAAUGCGGCGCUUCAGUAUAAGCUGGCGGAUAAUGGGCCUGUUUUUUUUUCAGCGGGGAACUGGGGGUGGGGUUUUGUCCUGAAGCAGGAAGCCAACACGCGAGUCGGCAAAAAGUGA